AUGGCAACUGAAAAGAGUUUUACGUUCGUCGUGCUUAACGAGUUGGAGCUUCCGGAGGAUUUCUGGAAUAUCGAUGAAAUAUUCCGGCGGAUAAUUUGCUGGCGACAGAAGCAGGGUUACGAUAUCAUUGGGUUUACAAAGAUAGAAGUGCAAGAGUCUUGGCUUCAGUCACAAGAACUACAUCCAUCAGACGAGGAGGAGGAGGAGAAGGGGGAAGAGGAAGAAGAAGAGGAGAAGCUGGACCAGUUGGAUGCGCAAGAUCGACAGGCGGAAGAACUUCCGGAUAGACUCGAUGAGCUGCAGCCUAUUGCCUCUUUCACUAAGAAUUACUCUGGGGAUAUCGCUACGACCGGUUCUUCGAAUAAUGGUGUCGCUGCGCCUAACACGUCUUCCGGAAGAGUGGAAAUAGUCACUCAAAAGAACGCUGAGGAUUGCCCAUCAUGUUUGAAACAUUUUUCUCCUACGACGCUUUCACGUUUACUCGAAUCCACUGUCACUGGAAAACACCUUCUUGAACGGGGAGCUCGGGGUCCUUUGUCCAAGGACAGCCAGAAAGAACUCGUAGCGAUAAUUGCAGACUAUCACUGUCAAAGAGGAGCCGAAACAACCGAGUGUAUCCUCGGAGAAUACGUUCACUCAAUCACAGCAUUGUUCAAAGGCGAAAGCAAGGAUACAUACUUUAUUGCUCAAGGAGGAUCGAAGAAAAAUCCUGGUGGGAAGUUAUAUAAUCGUAUUGUCAACUGGAAGCAGAAAACGGCAAAGCGGAAGUGGAAGGAAGAAAAACAUCUAAGCAAAAGUAAGAAGAAAGAAAAUUCGCCAAGCAUCGAGGACAAGGUGGCUGUCGAUGCAGCUGUGUGGCUUCAACAAAAUACUAAACCGUGGUCAACUACACUCGAUAAAUGGACCUUUUCGUUUCCGUUGAGAAAAUCUUUUCUCAUGAAAUCCGAUAACAAGGCAAGACUCUUCAAAGAAUACCAGCAUUACAGUGAUGAAUUCGGAUACCAACUAAUUAUUUUCAUCACCGAUAAUUUGCAGAAUACUUUCUAG